GGCGACAGGCCAUACGUUUGCGCGUACGGAGGAUGCGGAAAGAGCUUCGGUCGAGGCGAGCAUCUGAAGAGGCAUAUCAAGGGCCUCCACAUAUGCCAAAAGCCUCAUAAAUGUCUGAAAAAAGGCUGCCUGAGGUCUUUCAGCAGGCAAGACAAUCUGAAGCAUCAUAUG